AUGACCCACUUCGUCCCCAGUGGCGUGAUCGAGAAGGCGUCACUUCACGACAUGAUUUACGCAGCGUGCCCGCAAUGCUUUACAUCCAUGACUUUGCAGUUGACAUCGAGUGGACGACCAGGUACCGAAGUAGUGCGAGUACAAUGUUCGUCCUGUAGCAGAUUAAGUACCCGGGACGAGUUGCAAUUCAAGUACCGACUGAAGCUCCAGCUUCAGUUUGGAGUAACGAUUGCCGACGCCAUGAUGUUCGACGAAGUGGCGGAAUCGCUGCUUGGGGUCCCAGCUUGGCGGAUGAAACGCGAACUGCUCCCCCAGUACCCAAACUUGCCUGCAGUGCUAGAACAAUUACUGGUCGGACUGCGUGUGUCCUUUUCUUACCAGCAGCCACCUCCCAAGCGUACUGCCAAGCAAGGACUGUUCACGCGCGACCUCAAGAUCAUGAAGAUCGAGCCACUGCUGCCGCAGCUUCUACCAGAGCCAGCAGCACUAUUCGCUCUCAAGUUCCUGCAACAGCACUCCAGUGCUGAUCUCGUUCAUCCCUAG